AUGUAUGUCAAGCAGAUUAUCAUCCAGGGCUUCAAAAGCUACAAGGACCAGACGGUCAUUGAGCCUUUUUCACCCAAACACAAUGUUAUCGUCGGCCGCAAUGGCUCGGGCAAGAGUAACUUCUUCGCGGCCAUUCGGUUUGUUCUCAGUGAUGCCUAUACCCACCUGGGCCGAGAGGAGCGUCAGGCUCUCCUUCACGAAGGAUCAGGAUCGGCCGUGAUGUCGGCCUAUGUUGAGAUCAUCUUCGACAACUCGGACGAUCGAUUCCCCACUGGCAAGCCCGAGCUUGUCCUCCGCCGUACCAUCGGUAUCAAGAAAGACGAAUACACUCUCGACCGCAAGAACGCUACCAAGAACGAUGUGAUGAACCUGCUCGAGUCCGCCGGCUUCUCUCGAUCAAACCCCUACUACAUUGUUCCCCAGGGUCGAGUUACUGCACUGACAAACAUGAAAGACUCGGAGCGUUUGACACUACUGAAAGAAGUCGCGGGUACACAAGUCUAUGAAGCACGCCGCACGGAGUCCUUGAAGAUCAUGCAUGAGACCAACAGCAAGCGUGCGAAGAUUGACGAACUUCUAGACUACAUUAAUGAGCGUCUCGCCGAGCUCGAGGAGGAGAAGGACGAACUUCGGAACUACCAGGACAAAGACAAGGAGCGCCGAUGCCUCGAAUAUACCAUCUACUCGCGCGAACAGCAAGAAAUUUCGAACGUGCUCGAUAGUCUGGAGGAAGCACGACAGAAUGGCGUUGAAGAUGCAGACAACAACCGCGACCAGUUCAUUGAAGGCGAAAAGGCCAUGGCACAGAUUGAUGCCGAGAUCGCCGAAUGCCGCCAACAGAUCGAGUUCCUCAAGGUCGACAAGUCUCAGCUGGAGGAUGAACGGCGCGAGGCCUCCAAGGCCCUGGCGCAGAUUGAACUCCAGGCCAAGUCCCUCUCCGACAACCAGGUCGCUGCCCAGGCGCUCAAGUCUCGCCACGAUGCCGACUUGAACUCCGUCAAAGAGGCCAUUAAUGAGCGUGAAUCGGAGCUUGCCAGCAUCUUGCCAACGUUCAAUGACUACAGGACUCAAGAGGAUUCUGUCAAGACCAGCCUGACUGAAGCGGAGACCUCGCGUCAACGCUUAUACGCCAAGCAGGGCCGCAAUUCGCGAUUUAAGAACAAGUCCGAGCGAGACAAGUGGCUGCAAAUGGAAGUUCGUGAGAGUCACAGGUCCAUUGCUACCGUCCAAAAUGUCGUCACUCAAACGCAGGAAGACAUCAGGGAGCUCGAAAGCGAGAUCGCUCAGCUUGAACCAGAGACCGUUCGCUUGCGUGAGCAGAUUGACGGUCGUGGUAAUAACAUGCAUGACAUGGACCAGCAGGUUCAGGCCGCGAAGGAUGAGAGAGAUCGUUUAAUGGAUCAAAGAAAGGAACUCUGGAGAGAGGAAGCAAAGCUCGACUCGGUCAUCUCUAGUGCUUCCCAAGAGAUGGAUCGCGCAGAGCGUAGUCUCUCCCAAAUGAUGGACCACAACACCAGCCGCGGAAUUUCUGCCGUGCGAAGGAUCAAGCGCCAACACAACCUCGAGGGUGUGUACGGUACCUUGGCUGAGCUUUUCGAUGUCAACGAUAGGUAUCGGACAGCCGUGGAAGUCACCGCCGGACAGAGCCUCUUCCACUAUGUUGUCGACACAGACGAGACUGCCACCACUGUCUUGGAAAUCUUGCAAAAAGAGAAGGCCGGUCGUGUUACUUUCAUGCCGUUGAACCGUCUCCGAUCCAAGCCGAUCAACAUGCCUCGCGCCAGUGACACUAUUCCCAUGAUCGAGAAGCUGCAGUACGACCAAGCAUAUGACAAGGCGUUCCAGCACGUCUUUGGAAAGACCAUCAUCUGUCCCAACUUACAGGUUGCCUCGCAGUAUGCCCGCAGUCACGGGGUCAAUGCCAUCACUCCCGAAGGUGAUCGAUCUGAUAAGCGUGGUGCCUUGACUGGAGGUUUCCAUGACUCCCGUGCCUCACGACUCGAUGCCGUCAAGAACGUUGGGAAGUGGAGGGACGAGUUCGAGAGCAAGCGAAACCGUGGAACGGAGAUUCGCAAAGAGCUGGAGAAGCUCGACCAGGUCAUCACCCGGGCUCUCGGUGAAUUGCAGAAGCUCGAACAGCAACGACACCAGAUGCAAAAUAGCAGCGGUCCCCUGAGGCAAGAAUUGAGAAGCAAGCGAGAUCUUUUGCAGAAGAAGCAUGACACCUUGGAGGCCAAGCAACGGGCUCUCCGCAACGUCGAAUCUAACCUUGCAGCCCUCAACGAUCAGGUUAAUGCCUUUGAGACUGAAAUGUCCUCUCCAUUCCAGAAGGCGUUAACGAGUGAGGAGGAGGCCACAUUGGAGACACUCAGCAGCACAGUGCGGGAACUGCGCGGGCAAUACCAGGAGAUCUCGACCAAGCGCAGCGAACUUGAGGCACGAAAGUCAGUACUCGAGGUUGAGCUUCGGGAGAACCUCAACCCUCGCCUCGACCAGCUUAUGAACAGGGAUCUCGACAUGGCGGAAGAGGAGGUUCAGGGCAACCUGAAGGAAACCCAGCGUGAGCAAAAGCGUCUUAGCAAGGCGCUCGAGAAGCUCAAUGGACGCCUGAGAGAACUUGACGAUUCAAUCGAAAAGGCCAACACUCGUGUCAAUGACCUCCAGCAGCGUAACGCCGAGACCCGGCGGGAGAUGGAGGAUGUGGCCCGGUCCAUCGAGAAACACCAGCGCCGCAUGGAGAAGAGCAUGCAAAAGAAGGCAGCACUCACCAAGCAGGCUGCGGAGUGUGCUUCCAACAUCCGUGACCUGGGUGUGCUUCCCGAUGAAGCAUUCACCAAGUACAAGAACACGGAUUCCAAUGCGGUCGUGAAGAAGCUGCACAAGACCAACGAGGCGCUGAAGAUGUACUCUCACGUCAACAAGAAGGCGUUCGAGCAAUACAACAGCUUCACCAAGCAGCGUGAGACACUUACCACCCGUCGCGAAGAGCUCGACGCAUCUCAAAAGUCCAUCGACGACCUGAUCUCGGUUUUGGAUCAACGGAAGGACGAGGCGAUUGAGCGAACCUUCAAGCAGGUCUCUCGCGAGUUUGCCAACGUUUUCGAGAAACUUGUCCCGGCCGGUCGUGGUCGACUGAUCAUUCAACGAAAGACGGACCGUGCCGUGCGGCCGGAAGAUGAUGUGGACUCGGAUGACGAGGAGGCUCGGCAGAGUGUGGAGAACUACGUCGGCGUCGGCAUUAGCGUGAGCUUCAACAGCAAGCACGACGACCAGCAGCGCAUCCAGCAGCUGAGUGGUGGACAGAAGAGUCUGUGCGCUCUGGCCCUUGUUUUUGCCAUCCAGGCCUGUGACCCGGCACCUUUCUACCUCUUCGACGAGAUCGACGCCAAUCUGGACGCACAGUACCGUACCGCGGUGGCCCAGAUGCUGCAAUCCAUCUCGGACUCGACCAACGGCCAGUUCAUCUGUACGACCUUCCGGCCGGAGAUGUUGCACGUGGCGGAGAAGUGCUACGGCGUCAGCUUCCGGCAAAAGGCCAGUACGAUCGACGUGGUAUCGCGCGAGGAGGCGCUCAAGUUUGUGGAGGAGCAAAAGACUUGA